AUGCUGGGUCAGGCGCCAGGAUUCGAAUGUCUAACCGCCGAUCGGCCACCUCCAGAUCCACCGCCGCCGGUACUGGAGACCGUGCCGCCGCCGCCGGCGCUAGCAAUUCAGGGGGAGCCGGCCGGAUCGGAUGACGACGCGGAUCUGAUUCAGGCUGAUCCUCACUUGGUCCCUGUCAGAUGGAGGAUCCAUUUCAGCGAUGACCACAAGAUUGGAUCGGGUAGAGAUGGGUUCCUCUACUAUCAUGCGGCAUCUAGAUGGACGACAGUUCGAGAUCGAGAUCAUGACAUUCUCGCGGGACGCUAUUUGGAUGUGGAUGAACAGAUCCAAGCAGGUGCGUGUUUUGCUAUUGAUGAUUUUCAAAUUGUCGUUCGCGAGUGUGUGCAGGAGAGUUUGCUUGAGGAGGAGUCGAUUGAAUUAGUCGAUCUCGCGUCGGACUCCGAGAGUGCAGCACUUAAGCCAAACAUCGGAGGACGGUUUUGGGUGCUUGCGGAUGAUGCUGAUGCGGACGAAGAAGGUGAGGGCGGAUGCAUCUUGUCUGACGAGACCGAGCCCAACGCGAUCAUGCAUCGGUAUGAUUCGGGCUUGGUACGACAUCCGGCUAAGGGGCACCAGGACAAGAAGGUUCUCGAUCAAAAAACGGAGGGACACGGUAAAUCCUUGUCGAUGAAGAUCAAGCCGUGGAAAGGACCUAUUCCCAAGGUUUUAUUCCGAGCUACGGCGCUGCUCCGUAUGUGGUCCUUACUCACUCCGAUGGAGGCCAGGGAGCGUUUGGUUACUGGAUCUGUCCGGUGGGAGAUGGUAGCGUGGGAUAUCUUCAACCGGUUUGGAUGGCGGCCAUGUAAUAGGAUAGGCGAUUAGUUUACCUAUCUUUGUUUUGCCAGCCGGUUGUGGCUCUAUGGCCUUUUUUUGCGGCGUUGAGGCUCUUUGUGAGUUCACCUUUAUUUUGUUUUGUUUCCAGACUUUAAGAUCUUGUUGAACCUUUUUACUUAUUUAUUAAUGUGGCCGUAUGCAUCGUUCUGAUGCAGAGGCCGGGGAGUCCCCCCUUUUCGAAAAAAAAAGG